GGGGGUAAGUGGAGGCGGAUCCAGAGCUCCCUCCUCAGGUCGGGUCAGAGCUCCGAGCAGAGCUGCUGUUGUGAGCGUGUUCGUGCCGCGCCCUUCCUGCGCCUCCUCCCGCGGAGCCUCGCGCGCAGGUAACUAAAGUACCGGAAGUGAGAGGGGGGGUAGAGCAGGUGACGGAGACCAAAUAAAAAAAUUGCCGCGCUGCUGAAGUUUCUGGGACGUAAAGAUAAAAGGGAAAAAAAAGAGGGGGGGACUUAAGACCCUCCAGCACCAGCAGCACCCUGCGAAGGAAAGACUCGUUUCCUUGAAGUUUUUGUUUGUGUCUCUGAGCUCCGACAAAAGGCGGCUCGAGGAGCGCAGGUGAUCCCGGAGAAACGAACAACUCGACGAUUAUAUCUGGAAGAACUUGACGGACGAGUUGAAACGUAAAAGAAAGACUGAAAACAUAGAUCCAGUUCUGCAGACAGCUAAUUUCAUCAAGGCCUUUAAACUGGAUCUCCAUCUGUCGCCUGUCCACCUGAUGGCGUGCCGAUCUCCAACCCACUGAAGAGGACGAAUCUAAAUGCUGCCCUAGACCUUCACUUCAGCUUCCUGUCAGCAAAUUGUCUGUUCACUUCAGCUCUCCUCCAACAUGGAGUCCACCUGUAGUCCUAGCAAAUAUCAGCACAAUGUCACAUGCUACGAUAAUUGCUCAAUCAGAUUUUUUUAUGAGCAAGUCAACAAGACCAUCAGUUUCAACUGGCGCACCCGUGACUAUCUGGUUGUCACUUUGGGAUUGACUGUUUCCUUCAUAGUUAUUUUUUCCAACGUUUUGGUCAUUACGUCCAUUUUAAAAAACCGACGUUUUCACUUUCCCAUCUACUACCUGCUGGGCAAUCUGGCUUUAGCAGACUUCUUUGCAGGUAUCUCCUACCUCCAUUUGAUGUUUCACACRGGUCCAUGGACUGAAAAACUGUCUAUCGACCAGUGGUAUGUGCGGCAGGGACUGAUUGACACCAGCCUCACAGCCUCGGUCCUGAAUCUUCUUGCGGUGGCAGUUGAGCGUCACCAGACCAUCUUCAGCAUGCAGCUGCACAGCGAGAUGAGCACCCGACGGGUUUUCAUCAUCAUAGUGUUAAUCUGGCUUGUGGCACUCAUCAUGGGCCUGGUUCCCAAAAUGGGCUGGAACUGCCUGUGUGACCUGGGUAGUUGCUCUUCAAUGGCACCGCUGUACAGUCGCAGCUACCUGGUGUUCUGGGCUGUUCUCAACUUGCUGACCUUCUCCAUAAUGGUGGCCAUCUACACCCGGAUCUUUUUCUAUGUGAGGCGCAAGAGCAGGCAGAUGUCACAGCACACUAACCAGCUCAAACACAAAGAGACCGUAAUGAACCUGAUGAAGACCGUUUCCAUGAUCCUAGGCUUGUUUGUGAUCUGCUGGACGCCCGGCCUCGUUUUGCUGCUGCUCGACGGUCUGGACUGUGACUCCUGCAGGGUGUUGGACUUUGAGAAAUACUUCCUGGUGUUGGCGGAGUGCAACUCGUUUGUCAAUCCCAUCGUCUACUGCUUCAGAGACAGCGACAUGAGGAGGACCUUCGAGGAGAUUUUGUGCUGUCUGUGCAAGCGGAAACGCGACCGGAGGGGCUUGUCUGAAGCUCGCUUUACCACCUUGGAGCAAGAGACUUACAGGCUUCGUACCGUCCGGAAGAAAGAGGACACCAACGGGGUCCCUCUCAUCCGUCGAGGCACAAACGACAACCCAGCUCCUCCAGCCGACUGAACAGAAGGCAAACAACAAAAGUCCAACAUGAAAGAACGUUUGACUUAAAGGAGGACGCUUCGAAAGAACUACUUUUUGACGCUGCGGUGAGUUCCAGUAUUAGUGGGAGAUGAGUUCCCUGAUGACCAAAAGCAACUGUUUUCACACAAAAUAAACUCCAGCUUAAAAURUUCCUGAGAUGGGUGAGAUCGCAGGACGCAACAGCUCACAGCAUCAGUCUGGACUCUUUGAAGAGACAAAAAAAAAAAGAAGAGAUUUUAACUCAAAGGAUGAGCUGGUUCUUCCCCAAACUAGACAUGAUGUCAAAAUGAGCGCCCUGCCAUGACGUGAGUGUGGAUCAGCUGUCGGGUCGGUUUARCUUCAGAUCAUAACCUGGAUCAGAGAGAAUUAACAGUUUCUAUAAAAACUGCUCACCGUGAACAGGUCUGURUCUGUGAGGCUGCAUGUUUCCUGCCUGUAAACCUCCACACAAAUGUUGGUGAAACAGCAAGAAAUCUUAGUUUAUUGCAGCUAGAAUUUUUUUUCUAUAAAUAAACCAAUCAAAACUAUUUAAAAGUUUUGGUUUAAUGUUUUCUAAACUGUUAUUAAUCUGUCAGUUUAUCAGGUUGAGUAAAUAUCUCUUGCAACAAAAACUUUCUACGUGAUACUAAAUUCUAAAACUUUUUUUAUUUUAUUUAUUUUUUAAUCCAAAUUUGAACUUCACAUUUGAUUUGGUUUAGCUAAUUAAAUUCCUGAUGGAUUCCUGCACUGACUAAAACCUUCAUCAGGGUUUCUCUUUAGGUUCAGCAGUGAAGAUUGUUCGAUAGUUCCGAUUUAUUUUUUCAAAGUGGGGAGAAGUGGAAAGAUUGUGAACAAUGAGUGUCUUACCUGUUGUAGAUGGCUCUCUGAACAAACUCAGUUUGGAGAAAAAGUUGAAUUUUGAGCAGAAUGAUGAGCCUAUAGCUAGUCGGAGCAUGCUGCUGCUGUCUUCAAAUGCCAAUCAAAACUUUUUAGUUUUUUUUUUUAUUACCGUUUUAUAAACCUCUCCACUGCCAUCAGUUUUGCAUUACACAGGAUUUUUACAAGGUUUUAAGCAGAAAUAUGUUCCUGGUAAAAGUGCCACAGGUUGGACCUGGAAUGCUACAGCUAGCUACUGCUGCUAAUUGCACAAAAUUCUGACAAGAUGUUUAUAAACCAGUGUUUUCAGGAACUGCUAUAACUGAGACUUGACACCUCAAUAGUUCCGUCUGGUUAUAGCCUCACUCGGACUAGCCUUUAGCUCAUCAAUCAAGUCGAGUUUAAACCUGUUUUCUCCAAACUAAGGUUCCUCAAAGAACUAUCUACARCAGAUAAGAUAUGAACUGUUCAUAACAUUUCUACAGAAUCUCACUAACAAAUACAUGAACUCUUACUUUUAUGUAUUUAUUUUUAACCCUUUGACCACUUUUUUUUUGUUUUAUGAACUGUACAAAUGUAAUAAAAGGACAAACUUCACAACAUGGCAAAAUAGACAUUUGAUUAAACUAUUAUCCUAUAAAGCAGUACUGACUGUGUAGGCUUUUAAAUUAUUUUUUUAUUUUUUUAGAAAAUGCUUAUUUUUACAUUUGGUGCCAUUUAGAGAUUGUCCACUUCAGUUGGAUAUUAAAUGUUUUAUUAUAUUGCCAUAUUUUGUGUAAUAACUGUGCAUCCUACAGACCUACAAACCUCUCAAAGUGAAUAUUUUUCUGACAUUUUUUUUAAUAUAAAUGAAAUAUGAGUUUGUAAGGUUGUGCCAAACAUGUUUUUUUCCUCACAUUUUCAGCAGAUUCAAGUUGUUGUAUACUUUUUGUACAUACACUGUAUACAACUGUGUCACUGUGUUUGUUAGUUUCUGCUAAACUGACUACCAAUAAACUGUUUGUGAUACAGUA